CCUCACCAGGCAGGUACAGAAAAGCCAGUUCUUCCACAUGUAAGCCACUUAGGCUCCAUUUCAGCUCUUUGCACACUCUCUCCGAGAUUAACACCGCCUUUAUCCUUGCUUGUUAAACUGAAAGCAUGUUUCUGGCAAAGGCUUUUCUGGAAGGGGCAGAUCGGGGUCUUGGAGAAGCUCUAGGAGGCCUUCUAGGAGGAGGUGGUCAGCGAAGAAGAGGAGGAGGACAUCUUGGAGGGAUAGUAGGAGGAAUUGUGAAUUUCAUCAGCGAGGCUGCUGCAGCUCAAUACACUCCAGAACCACCUCCCUCUCCUCAGCAUUUCACCAACGUGGAGGCUUCCGAAAGUGAGGAAGUUAGGCGGUUUCGGCAACAGUUUGCCCAGCUGGCUGGGCCAGACAUGGAGGUGGGUGCCACCGACUUGAUGAAUAUCCUAAACAAAGUCCUUGCUAAGCACAAGGAACUGAAGACUGAUGGCUUUAGUCUUGACACCUGCCGGAGCAUUGUGUCUGUCAUGGACAGUGACACCACUGGGAAGCUGGGCUUUGAAGAAUUUAAGUAUCUGUGGAAUAACAUCAGGAAGUGGCAGUGUGUCUUUAAGCAGUAUGACAGAGACCAAUACGGGUUUCUGAAAAGUUCCCAGCUGCGGGAAGCUCUGCAGGCAGCUGGCUUCCAGCUGAAUGAACAGCUUUACCAAGUGAUUAUCCGGCGGUAUGCGGAGGAUGAUGGAGGUAUGGAUUUUAACAACUUCAUCAGCUGCCUGGUCCGCCUGGAUGCCAUGUUUCGUGCCUUUAAGUCUCUGGAUAGAGAUGCAGAUGGCCUGGUUCAGGUGUCUAUCAGAGAAUGGCUACAGCUGACCAUGUAUUCCUGAAGUGAGCAGAGAACCAAGGCCUCCCUCGGGGGCAGGACUGGUGAAAACCUUGCCACACUAUGCACAGUUGCUGUUAUCCUUCCAGCAGCCAUCAUUUCCCGGGGAGCUUUCAUAACCUUACGCAUCGCUGAUCAUUGGCUUCCUUUUAUAGUUUCAUUAAAACAUUUUGAAUGAAAA